GAGCUGUCAGUCCACAGCAGAACACAUGAACCUCGUCGCCGCGAGCGGAGUCGGGUCACUCGUCGAUCUACGUGCGGAUAACCGCUCCUCGGCGUUUCUAUACAGGCGGGGCGAGAACAUGACGGGUCCCUCCUCUGUCACCCGCGCGGACCGACCGCAGGGCGCGUAGGACGGCUGAGCAGCCUCGCUAGUCCGGCGCACUGACUGCUGUCCGCUGUUAGCUCGCGGGCUAACGGUUUGCUAGUUGGCGACGGGAGACCCCGGCUCCGCUCCGUCCGUUUGGCUAACGUCACGUAGCCGACUCGCUAACGAAGGUCGAGGGGGACUAACGUUAGCCGGUUGUCAGGGGACGUUGAGCUAGCCAGUCGGCAUCACGAAUGUCUCUUUUUUUAACAAUUUAUUUUAACACCGCAUGAUAACUUGCGUGCCCUGAGCCGAGCCGAGCACGUUGCUCUCGUCCCAUACGUGUCAUCAUUCUAACCCAUUUUACCGUUCGCUCGCUAGCUAGACCGCUAUUCGGCUAUGCUAACGCAGGCUCGGUGAGACCUUGCAUCACAACGCAGCGGAGCGCUCAAGACCCGAGUCGAGGAAGGAAGAGAGGCGACUUGUGAUGUGGACUGAGGGAAGCGGCGGAGUGUCAGGCGAAGGGGAGCAGCAGUAUUAGCGCGAACACGUCCGUAGUCUGGUUCCCCCGUCGAGGCAGAGCCACUUAAAGUCAGCGCAAACCGUCCGGGACGUUGGAGGAAGAAGAAAAUAAUAAUAAUAAUUCGGGCACUUUUGAUUUGCGAGCAGGCUGAAUGAAUAGCAUUGGUGUCACGGAGUGGUGAGCUAGUGGCCACUGUGCCAGCUUCAGCGGGGGGGGACGCGGUCGGGAUUAUCGCACGGACCGCCCGACAGCAACAACCAGUUCGCCCAAAGAUGGCUUCGGCGAGCAGCCUCGCCGCAGCUAUUGCGAGCAAAACGAAGACCAAGAAGAAGCACUUCGUUGCUCAGAAGGUGAAGCUCUUCCGCGCCAGCGACCCGCUGCUCAGCGUGCUCAUGUGGGGAGUCAACCAUUCGAUAAAUGAGUUAAGCCAUGUUCAGAUUCCCAUCAUGCUCAUGCCAGAUGACUUCAAGGCCUAUUCUAAGAUCAAAGUGGACAACCACCUAUUCAACAAGGAGAACAUGCCCAGCCAUUUCAAGUUCAAGGAGUACUGCCCCCUGGUGUUUCGAAACCUCAGGGAGAGGUUUGGCAUCGAUGAUCAGGACUUCUUGAACUCCCUCACACGCAGUGCCCCUUUGAACAGUGAUGCUCAGGGACGCAGCGGGGCCCGCUUCCAUACCUCGUAUGACAAACGCUACGUCAUCAAGAUCAUCAGCAGCGAGGACGUGGCAGAGAUGCAUAACAUUCUAAAGAAAUAUCAUCAGUUCAUCGUGGAGUGCCAUGGCAACACACUGCUGCCUCAGUUCCUGGGGAUUUACCGGCUCACCGUGGAUGGAGAUGAGACCUACAUGAUCGUCACACGCAAUGUCUUCUCCCACCGUCUCUCCGUCUACAAAAAAUAUGAUCUCAAGGGUUCCACUGUUGCACGAGAGGCCAGCGAGAAGGAAAAGCAGCCGCCCCAACCAGAGGAUGUGCCCCUGCGGCCCAAAUCUGGUAACGUUCAGCAAAGGCUGCAAACGCUGCGGAUUGCCACGCGCUUUUACUGCGCCAUGAAACACGUAAGAGAUAUCUCCAUUACUAAUGGGCAGGCAAAGGAGCUGCCCACCUACAAGGACAAUGACUUCAUCAAUGACGGCCAGAAGAUCUGCAUUGACGGGGAAAACAAGAAAAUGUUCCUGGAGAAGCUCAGGAAAGACGUAGAGUUCCUCGCCCAGCUGAAGCUCAUGGACUACAGUCUGCUGGUGGGGAUCCACGAUGUGGAGCGAGCCGAGCAGGAGGACGUGGAGAGCGAGGACAAUGAGCCCGAGGAUGAGGGGGAGAGUGAUGGAGGAGGCAUUGGAACGCCCCCCGACAGUCCCAGCAACACCUUGGACAGCACCAAGCCGCUGUCCCCAGGAGAGUUUGAUCCGGCCAUUGACGUCUACGCCAUCAAAAGCAAUGACAGUGCUCCCAGGAAGGAAGUUUACUUCAUGGCUGUCAUAGACAUCCUGCAGCAUUACGACGCCAAGAAGAAAGCUGCUCACGCCGCCAAGACUGUCAAACAUGGAGCCGGAGCGGAGAUCUCCACGGUGAACCCAGAGCAGUACUCUAAGCGGUUUUACGAUUUCAUCACCACUAUCCUGUCAUAGCCUCCAGGAGCUACAGGGGGCACACAGGCACAUAAGAAAGGCGGGACGAAUGGGGAGUGAGGGGGGGGGGGGGGUGACAGAGAGGAAAUAAGACCUCGGAGGGGCUGAAUUAAUAAGGUGCUAUGAUGGCUUUUAUCACUCUCCCUCGUUCUCUUCAUCCCUCCCUGUUGGUUUCUCUCUUUCAAAUAGCGUGCCACGCUCUGCAGCUAAAAAAAAAAGAAAAGAAACGUCAUUCGUUUACAUUUAACCUCCUCUUAUGUUGACUUUUGCUCAUGUGUCACUUUGAAUGAUGAGGAUGUCGAAAGCAGGCAUCCGAGUCAUUAAGGUUUUUUUUUUUUUUUAGUUUUAUAUCAUUGUUUUUUUGUCUCUUUGGUUGUUUUAUGUGGGAAUAUGGCUUUUUAUUGCAUCAAAUACAACAUCCAGCACCCUGCAUUUUUAUUUAGUUGUUGCUUGCGAUGAAGGGGAGUGUAGAGGUGAGAUUACGGCACACGCUGAGGUUCCUCUCGCAAAGAGGAGGCUUAAUGUAACGAGGAAGCUCAUGUGGAGCCUCGCCUAAUGCAAUUGCUUCAUUUCAGGGAGUAGGAAGCAGUCUUCCAGUAGGCGCCCCCCCCCCCGACCCAAAUGCUAUACAAGCAGUCAGCCAAAAAAAUAUUCCCACUUGGGUUCCUUCUGCAUCACCACAAUCCUUUAGACGCCAUCCCCUUUCCUCAGUGUCCAGUUAAUGAAUUGUGCCACACACUCACAACAACAACAACAACAACAAGCGCUUCUCAUCAGCUGACACGAGUUCACCUGUUUCAGUGAAUUCUGACGCUUGUUUUCCAGCACGAGUCGGACACUCAGUGCUCGUCGGUGCUUUGUCCCUUUCGCUUUGUUGUGAGAAUGAUUUAAGGGAAGUACGUGUACCUAGAAGUGAGAGGAAAAGGGGGAUCGGGGCAAAUGUUUUUCGGUUGCGUUACCUCUGGCUACGCGGGGCGUUUGUUUAGUAGGCCCGGUUUCCGUUCCUGUGGCCCGGGAACGAGCCAGAACUCUGGUGGCUGUAGUUAACAAGAGAACGUCACUCUUUGUUCUAUCUUCAAAACGGGUGUCAGACUGAAACAUCAACAGCCCUUAACUCUCUGUUGCCAUCAGCACCUUUUAUGAAAAAAAAUCCCAAAUGUUGCACUUUUAUUUCUCAUUUGAGGUUAGGAGCUCUUGUUCUGUUACAAAAGAAUCAACCUUUUAGGGGCCUGAUCUCCAGUCUCCUCUUGUCCUCCUCCUUCCCCACCUAAUGGGUACACUUACUGGAGGGAUUGGUAAAGGGAGACUACUGCAAUAUUAAGACGGAAAAGUGGACCAGUUCUAUUUACAGGGCGUUUUGUAAGCCUCCAUUCCCCCUCAGAAGGCCCCCGGGGCGUCGGGCCGGCCGACGGGGAGAGUGCGCGCUUGUGUGUUCUGGUGCAGGCAGAAGACCGUUUACCUCCAGCAUCGUACCAGCACACACUCGAGGACGGCGGCCGACGUGCGAGUGUGUGAUUCAGUGUUUAAGAGAUGGGGGGGUGGGGGGGUGAAGGUGCCGUCGCAUGUAAAGAUGCGCGUUAAGUCACUAACAGCAUCUUUCUCUUCUCUAACCUCGUCUGUGAGUCUGUUGUCCAUAGUUGUUUGUGUUGUUAUUGAUGGCAUUUUUAUAGGUGAUUUAUCUGUGUUUUGAAUUUGGCAGUUUUAUGAAUUAAUGUGGUAAUCUUUUUUUUCUGUUUUUGAGGUUUUUUGUAUAUUUUGCACAAGAGGAAAGGAACCAAAUGUUACGAAUACAAUCCCAAUUAGUUGAUAGUCUUAACAAGGGAAAUGCAAUAUACUUGUGUGUAAGCGAGGAAAGUUGUGCGUGUGGUGUUGUGUAUCACUUCUGGAUAACCAUUGUAACCCAUGCAGGAGGCUUCCAUCACCAUAUCUUUGUGAGCAAUCACAUUUAUAUUUUUGCAUUGGAUUUUAGUCAUGAAAUAGUUUUAUUUAAAUAUAAAUGUGGAGCCACACCUUGGGAACGAAUGAUGGUGCUGUGCUAAAUGAAGAAUGAUUGUGCUUGAAUUUACACAAUACUUACGAUAGAUGUACUUUACAACAGAAAAAAGUUCUAAAAAUAUUGCAUGUCACAGGACUAAGUUUCCUUUUUCCUCGCUAGUCUGUGUUGUUGGCUGUUCAGGUUAUCUUUGUGUCCCUAAACUUUACCAGAUUUGUGAGCUGUUCAGCGUAAAGUAGUCCCUGCUUUAAAUACCUGUUUUUCAUUGUAUACACUGUGCAAGAUGUGUGCCUUUAUACUCCAAAAUGAUUUAAUUUUAUAUUUUGUAUUCUUUUUUUAAAACAAAGGUAAAAGGUUAUUUGAACAAUAGGGUAUGUAUGUAACCCCCCCCUCCCCCAACCUUCUUCCACUCCACCACCUGUGUGUUUCAUUCAUACAAUUAAGUGAGCUGAAGAAAUCCCCUCUGACUGAUUGUGUUCAAAACGUGAGCAGCUGUCGGGAAUCUGAACCUGGUGGAUUGGUUCAGAUGUAUCGUCGUGAUUCCUCCGGUGCACUCGUCCCUUUCCCCUCCCCGGGCAGCGAGGGGGUGUCGGGCCGGCGUUACGUCCUUGUCCGGUCGCGCUGGUCCUGCCUUGUAUUGACAACGUGGUUGUGAGGUGUGGUUGUGCUUUGUUGUCCUCGCUAACUGACAGCUGACACCCCCUCCCCUCUCCUCCCCCUCCUCCCCCAUUCAGGAGUCUGCUAUAACAUUUACCUUCUUACCACAGAUUUCAGGAAUGUGUUUUCUUUAUUUUAUUUAAUAAUAGUUUGUUCAACCGUUCACUCACCGUCCAUAAAGCUCCUCCUCAUUUCUGAAGCAUGUUCGUGCGCUCUUGCGUUUGUGUAGCCCAGAUUACCCUCUUUGUUUUUACCAAGGUCAUCGGCUGAUAGUUCACCCCGAGUCAGUGGUCAAUUGAUAUUUCUGUGUUCUCCCAGUAUUUAUGAGCUGUUUUUGUUCCUUUCGUCGCGUAGCUCAUGCUGUACAUAGGUUGUGUCCUGAAGAAACGUGCUCAUCCUCGCUUCUGUUUUGCUGUGUUCGGCCCUGGAGGCCUCACUGUACUCUGAUAUCAGCAAGUGUGAAAACCGAGCAGUGCAUGCUGGGAUUUAUUAUUCCCCCGUCUCGUUUUUUUUGGGAACGUCAACUCCGGACGUUGUCGGAACUGAACGGAUGCAAAUUGAAAACCGUAAUAACGCGUGCGCCCUGCUGCUGUAACCUUGACUUUAACAAGUCUUUGCUUUCGUGACUUCUCUCGUGAACGAGCUCCUCCUCCUGUCGACCCGCCAGUCAACCUGCCGCCACGUUGACUCGCCACAACGCUCGGAACCGCCACGCGUGAGCUUGAAGAACAUUGUGUGUCGUUGUAACGUGUGUUUGUUUCAACUGUUUUUGUUUAUUUCCAUGCACUGGGGAACGGAGGACAGUGUGUGUCACUGAUAUGUGAAGGUGUCCAGUUAGGAGAAACCACCCUGUGUUCAUGUGGCUGAGUGUCAGGCGUGUUAAGGGGAAAUUUGAUCACAAAUAGCGAAUGACCAGAGCAAAAUCUGCAGAGGUGGUAAAAAAAAAAGGGGGAAUAAAUAUAUAUUUUGAAAGUGCAUGUGCAAAGUCACGUCAACAGACACCAGGGCCCGGACACAUGCCUGCAAUUGAGCUUUUAUCUCACAAAAGUCCCAAGUACUUUUAGAAAACAUCUAAAAGACGUGUGUGCGUGCGUGUGUGUGUGUGUACGCGUGUGUGUGUUGCUGUCUGACUGGUUGUUGAGAGUUAUAUUUCAGUGGCAGACAGGUCACAAUGAUAUGUAUGUUUAUUGUUCUUCACAUUUAAUGAUGGCGAUGAGAAUACACUCCAUUCCAUAAGCGUUCACUCAAACCAAUUAAAGCACUUGUUAUGCUUAAUUA